AUGGAUCGUUCCAUUGGUGAGGUUCUGGCGGCUCUCCAGUCCCGCCGUAUGCUCGCCAACAGUAUUGUAGUGUUCGCCAGUGACAACGGAGCCGCGCCUCUUGACGAAAUCCCCGGAUCGAAUGCUGGCUCCAAUUGGCCCCUUCGCGGAAUGAAAGGAUACGCGUGGGAAGGUGGCGUGCGGACUCCCGCGGUGUUCUGGUAUGGUCGUCUGAGUGGUCGUUUGCCGCGGCCACCCUCGCAACAGAUGAUGCACAUCGUAGACUGGGCGCCCACUUUGUACACCGCCGCAGGAGGACGCGUUUCUGAACUCGGUGACGUGGAUGGACGUGACCUGUGGGGCGCACUUUCCUCCGGCAAAGGCACUGAACGUGGAGAUGUGAUUCUGGAAAAUGGUGGCUUGGAUCAAGCCACGGCUAUCAUCUCUGGCAGGCUACCCCGCCUACCCAAGGACCAGAUCAGGGGGGAGAUCCCGAUUCAGAGGGCGUUCCCGAUCCAGAAACCGUUUUUGAUCCAGAGGCCGUUCUCGUUCCGGAGGGCGCCCCUCGACCCUGUCGGCAUCCGACAACCGCCGGUCAUCUCGGGAGUGCUCCAGAUACCGAUCGAGAACGAGACUAACAGUCACGCAGCAGCAGCAGCCGAACAAUGGCUCCUGGGCCAGCAGGGUUGCUGA